UUCAUGGAUUCCAAUGGUGAUGGAAUCGGUGAUUUAAAUGGUAUUACAUCAAAAUUGGAACAUUUCGUUGACGCUGGUAUUGAAGCAAUAUGGCUUUCACCUAUUUUUCCUAGCCCAAUGAUUGAUUUUGGUUACGACGUAUCAGAUUUCAAAGCAAUACAUCCAGAUUAUGGUACCAUGCAAGAUUUCGAUGCAAUGGUCGAAAAAGCGAAGAAACUUGGAUUAAGAGUAAUUCUUGAUUUCGUACCAAAUCAUACGUCAGAUAAACACGAAUGGUUUCAAAAAGCUUUAGCUGGGGAACAAAAAUACAAGGAUUAUUAUAUUUGGAAGAAGGGAAGAAAAAAUGACGGUGUAACACCACCAAAUAAUUGGAUCAGUGUUUUCAGUGGUCCUGCAUGGACGUAUAAUGAAACCAUGAACGAAUGGUAUUUCCAUCAGUUCGAGUAUAGACAACCAGAUUUAAAUUUUAACAAUGUCGAUGUCAGAAAGGAAAUGGAAGAAAUUCUUUUAUUUUGGCUUCGUAAAGGUGUAGAUGGUUUCCGAGUAGACGCCAUACCACAUUUAUUCGAACGAGACGAUUUGCGUGAUGAACCUAGAAGCCAUAUACCAAAUACCACAACUCGUGAUUAUGGUUAUUUAGAUCACAUUUAUACAAAAGACGAUCCAAGAACUUAUGGAUUAGUCCAAAGCUGGAGAGACGUUCUUGACGAUUAUGCCGAUGAAAAUAACGUGGAUGAAAAGGUCGUGAUGACUGAAGCUUAUACCAAUUUAAAAAAUACAAUCAAAUAUUACUACAAUGGUGCACAAAUUCCAUUUAAUUUUUACUUUAUCUCUGAUAUCAAUCGUUACUCGAAAGCAGAUGAUUAUAAAAGAAUUAUCGAUGGGUGGAUGUCAAAUAUUCCAGAGGGUUGUAUUGCCAAUUGGGUGUUGGGAAAUCACGAUAAUAGUCGUGUAGCUUCACGUUUCCCAAAUAGAGCUAUGCAAAUGAAUAUGUUGACCAUGAUUUUACCUGGAGUUGCUGUAACAUAUUACGGUGAAGAAAUUGAAAUGGUUGACAAAAGGGACAUAUCCUGGGAAGAUACGCAGGAUCCACAAGCUUGCAAUGUUGGAAAGGACAAGUACAAAGGUGCAUCACGUGAUCCAACUCGUACACCUUUUCAAUGGAACGAUAGGAAAAAUGCUGGAUUCAGCACUGCUAAUAAAACUUGGCUUCCUGUUCAUGAUAAUUAUAAAUAUUUAAAUUUGGAAAGUCAGAAGAACAGUUCAGAAGUCACCCCUUAUAAAAUGUAUCAAAAUUUGAUUAAAUUGCGUAAAACAUCGAGUGCUCUUCAGAGAGGUUUAUUAAAAGUUAAAGUUUUGAAGCUUUACACAGAAUAUUGUUACAAUUGCGAAGUAUUAUCUGUCACUCGAGAAGUACCUGGAGAAUCGGUUACUUUAUUAAUGAGUUUCUCACCUGUGAUAACAACUCGAGUUAAUUUGAAAGAUGUUAUGACCCUUUAUAACAAUACCUACAUUGAAAUUGAUGCUUAUCAUACACAAAGUAGUGCAUACAUCGUAGUUGCAAAAAACAUGUUACGCGUAGUUAGCUUUUGUUCAUUGUUGUUUGCAACAAGUCUCGUCAAUGGCGAGAUCAAAAAUAUAGGAUGGUGGAAAAAUGCAGUAUUCUAUCAAAUCUAUCCACGAAGUUUUAUGGAUUCGAACGAUGAUGGUAUUGGUGAUUUGAAUGGUAUUACUUCGAAGUUGGAACAUCUUUUUGAUGCUGGGGUUGAUGGAAUAUGGCUUUCACCAAUUUAUGCGAGUCCAAUGAUUGAUUUUGGUUACGACAUAUCGAAUUUCAAAGCAAUACAUCCAGAUUUUGGUACUAUGCAAGAUUUUGAAGCAUUAAUUGAUAAAUCCAGACAACUUGGAAUAAGAUUAAUUCUCGAUCUUGUACCAAAUCAUACGUCAGAUAAACACGAAUGGUUUCAAAAGUUUCUCGCUGGGGAUAAAAAGUACAAGGAUUAUUAUAUCUGGAAAAAAGGACGAAAAGACGAUGGUAUAACUCCACCAAACAAUUGGAUCAGUGCUUUUAGUGGUCCUGCAUGGACAUAUAAUAAAACUUUGAAGGAGUGGUAUUUCCAUCAAUUCGAAUAUAGACAACCAGAUUUGAAUUAUAGCAAUCCUCAAGUGCGUGCCGAAAUGGAAGAAAUCAUAAGAUUCUGGCUUCGCAAAGGUAUCGAUGGUUUUCGUGUUGAUUCCGUUCCCCAUUUAUUCGAACGUGAUGAUCUCCGUGAUGAGCCUAGAAGUUUUAUUCCAAAUACAACGACUCGUGAUUAUGCAUAUUUAGAUCAUAUUUACACCAAAGACGAUCCGAGAACUUACGACUUAGUAAAAAGCUGGAGAAAAGUUCUCGAUGAUUAUGCCAAUGCCAAUAACGAAGAUGAAAAGAUUUUGAUGACUGAAGCUUAUACCAACAUAAAAAAUACUACGAAAUAUUAUCAAUAUGGUGUUCAUGUACCAUUCAAUUUUAAACUGAUCACUGAUGUCAAUCACACUUCGAGUGCUACCGAAUUUAAAAGAAUCAUUGAAGAAUGGAUGGAACAUACACCAAAGAAUGGAGUUGCAAAUUGGGUGAUGGGUAAUCACGAUAAUAGUCGUGUAGCUUCACGUUUCCCAAAUAGAGCUAUGCAAAUGAAUAUGUUAAUAAUGAUGUUACCUGGAGUUGCUGUAACUUAUUACGGUGAAGAAAUUGGAAUGAUUGACAAAAAGGAUAUAUCCUGGGAAGACACACAGGAUCCACAAGCUUGCAAUGCUGGAAAAGACAAAUACCAGAAUCAAUCCCGCGAUCCUUUUCGUACACCUUUUCAAUGGGACAAAAGUAAAAACGCUGGAUUUAGUAAUGCCAAUCAUACCUGGCUUCCUAUUCAUGAUAUGUAUAAAAGGAUUAAUUUAAUAAGUCAGAAGAACAGCACUCAAUCGACCCUUUACAAGAUGUAUCGAUCCUUAAUCAAAUUGCGAAGCACAUUUCGUGCACUAAAGGAUGGUGCGUUGAAAGUUAAAGCACUUAAGCUUUACACAAGUUAUUGUUAUAACUGCGAAGCAUUAGUUGUCGUUCGUGAACUUCCUGGUGAAACUGUGGCUCUAGUUAUGAGUAUGUCACCUGUUAGAAACAUUCUUGUUAACUUGAAAGACCAUAUGACCCUUUACAAUACCACAUACGUCGAAGUUGAUCUUUAUCACAAUGGCAGAUAUAGAACGUAUUCUCAUCAUGUGUAUCUUCAAGCUUGGAAAUCAGUCGUCAUAUCAUCGUUUAAUUAGAUUCAGUUGUUGACAAUUUAGAGAUCAAAUUUGAUUUUACUAUUCAAGAGAUCUUUUCAUAAUUAAGGA